AUGGGUGUCACAAUGAAUAAAAAGGAACUCAUAUUGGGUGUGAAACCUGGACUUAAGCUUUUCCUCUAUGAUUUUGAUCUGAAACUUAUGUAUGGUAUCUAUGAAGCAUCCUCUGCUGGUGGAGUAAAAUUGGAGCCCAAGGCUUUUGGUGGUUCCUUCCCAUUUCAGGAUCUGCAUUCUGAUGCUAGUGAGCUCCAGGUGCGGUUUGUUGUUCACAAGGACUGUUUUCCAAUCACUGAGAGUGUUUUCAAGAAGGCUAUAAAGGACAAUUAUAAUGAGAAGAACAAGUUCAAAACAGAACUUACUGUUCGACAGGUAAAAUUUGGCCAGCUCAUCUGCUAG